GCGCUGUGGCGUGUUUACCGACGGGAGAGUUUUAUCCGACUCGCGGAGCGCAUGUGGACCGCCGCUCAGUCCGGGACGCAGCAGGCGAUGAGGGAGGGCAGCAGCGACGGACUCCACUUCCUUGUUCUCGGGCGCGUAAGAUGAGAGGCUUUGCGCUGAGUCUGGUGAGCUCAGGAGGAUUUCUGAAGGGAACAGUCACAGUUUCCACAGAAGACAUGUCCACAACUGCAAGUCCGACCAUCCCCUCCUCACAGCUGACAUCGGAGCAACUCACAGUGGUCGCUGCAUCCUUUUCUUCUCUGGUGUUCUUUGUGGUUAUCGUGGUGCUGCUGUCCAUUAUUUACCGCAAGGAUCCACAGUGCUGCAAGCUGCGCUCCUAUCAGGGCCCACAUGCAGAUAUGGAUGCGCCCCCGCAGUACUACAGCAGCAGGCAGACACUGGUGGGAUCUCCUUGUCUAGAGCAGACUCAGAUCACGGCUGACAACAACGCUCAGGCGGGUCAGCUGUUCUACGUUGGCCUGCCCUCCAGCUACAGCCUGCCCACACUGGAGGCCCCCCUGCCGAGGCUCCCCUCCUACGAGAGCGUCCGAAAGAAGGACCGCCAGAGGCAGAUCCACAUGAUGAUCGCGGACCGCUUUGGCCUCAAUGGACCCAUUGUGACUGAGCCUCCUCCAACAUAUGAAGAAAGUAUCCGCCAGUCUAUGGAGCUACCAUACAGCAUCCUGUCAUCUAGCCUGGACGUCCCUCCUCAGAGCAUCUACACCAACACGGAGCCCGACACACCUCGUCCAGUCGGCUCGGACACCAACAGCACUGUUCUACCUGUGUGAUGCUCAUCGAGGGCAUCGGCCGCCUGAUGAGUGGGAAGGACGUUUGAUAGCUUUAUGGACGCGGUUACCAAAAGACUAUGCCUGCUGAAGAUCGAUCAGGAUUUGGUCCUUUCACACUUGAUGCUGAUUCAGAUACCUCAAGACUGAGUUUAUGUUAUGAGACGGACCGAAGUCAGGAGGGGACACCUCUGGCUGUGUGCAUUUGAAUGUUAAAAAACACUUUGUGACAGUUGACUCUACUGUGCUGAUGGAUUUCAAAAGAGAAUCACUGGAUAUGAACAUUUACUGAGGUGGCUGGUACAUCUUGAAGACUACACGACUGCAACAUGCCAAAAAGAGAACCACUAUUUACUUUGUUAACUAUAUGUCAGUCAACACUCGACUCUGCUGUUUGCUCUUGUCUUUGGUUCUGCAGGCCUCAGUAUCUGGUUUUUGUGAUUAUCAGAAGCCUGUUUGAUUAGGAGUUGCUGUAAAACAUGUUUCUGUGUGCUGCUGAGGCUGUGCCGCAUUGCUCCAGCAUGUGGCUCAGCCUGUGAGAGGGAGACUUUAAAAAGGUGCUAAUGAGAGUGCCUUCCAUGAAGUUAUAAUCAGAAGAAUAUGUAUCAACAAAAGUUUUUUUUUAUCUCUUUGCAUCUGUUAAGGCAGAUGGGACUCGAUGAUUUCUCGCUUUCUUAUGAAACAUGUGAUCCUUUUCAGCAUCGGGUCUGUUGUUCUGCUCUC